AUGGUGCUUUUGCAGUGGUGUACUCUUGAACCUUCUGGACAGGGUGGUCUAGCUGCAAUACGGUUCUCUUCGCCUGUACGCGUUCAAACCAUCCGAAUAUUUCCCAAGGAUGCGAAGCCGUUCUUGCAAUGUCCGGAUACUGUCAGCCGUACAGAGCCCCAGGCGUUCUUCUUGGAUGUCCUAUUCAAUGCACAUCCAAUCACUAGCUCAAACGCCAAGGAGAAACCGAAGCCGUCCAACGCUCUUGUUUCGACAUCAAUUGCGUACUCGGGGGGCCAGAAGGAUUUCGGAGUGAAUAUGGGUGCGGAGUACGCUACGCGUCUGAUGAUUGUCAAAGGAGCCUUCCAUUCUGUGUCCAUGGCUAUCUACGGAGAGGUCGUUUCAGACACUCCUGCAGCACCCGAAAUUUAUGAGCCGCGGCCGCUUCCCUCAGCCACCGCAGUACCUCUCGCGCCAGCACUCGACCCUGCCAACGCACGCGAUCCCACCCAACUAGCGCGUCAAUUGCUGAAGCUUAUCCCAGACGCGCCGGAUUUAGAGCUCGUGAUUCGGCUCGUCUUCUGCUUGAAGCCGCCGAACGACGACUGGGAUUUACCCGAGUUUCCCUACCUGCAUCCCGACCUUGACGAGGAUGCUCAUGAUUUUGACCUCGAGAAGGCGUUCAGGUCAACAACGCGUCCUGUGGCUGACGACGUUUCACCAGAGACGUUAUCCAGGUUUGCCGAGAGAGUCGCUCGUUGCGUCAAUGACAAGGACGCCAGCCAAACAUAUCUCGUCGCUGGUAUCUUAUGUCAUGCCGCAUGCCAAACUCCUGCCAUGGCCAGAAGCCUGCUUGAAGCCAUAGACAUUCAGCAGCUCUUCGACGUCUCCACAUUGGAGGACGAAACGGCGCUUCUCAGGCUACUUUAUGCGGCCGCGAAUGCGGAUGUUGCCAAACAACUCGAUACCGACUGGUUCCACGAGGUCCUGUCGUCAAUAUCGGCGAAUCCGAACAACGACGACGCAGUACGAACGGCAGCAAGGCAACUCACGGCCAGGAUAAUAGGCUGGUCGACUCUACAUGACGCGCUAUCAAAUACUCAGGGUGACUUCGUGGCUGCUACUGGUCUGCUCAAGGACUUCGGCAACGAGGACCAAUCGUUUGGCGUCUGGCUUGAGUCCAUGAUCACCCAUGACGACGUGGUCAAUAGUCUGGCCGAAAACCCUGUGCUGUCGGUCACAUUGCCUCAAUUGUUGUCGCACCGCAGCCCAAGCACCACGCCAUCCCAGGAUGAGUUUGUGGCGUUCGUCAGAGCGUAUCUCGGGGUCGCGUGUGUUCUGGCUGUGUAUUCUUGGUCCGAUAGCCUACCGCAUGCGCGUUGCCGGGCACGGACGCUGGGCAUCUUGCGACUCUGGCAAGGUGUGGACGGUUAUCGCGAGAUCGUUAACCACUUGUUGCUCAUACGACAAAUGAUCUUCCGUCUCGAAUGCAUGACGGACGGCGACGAUGACGAAGCUCCCACGCAAGCAAGAAUCGACUCAGAGCAUAUUCUCUUCAACCUUACGAAGACACCUCGCUCUUUCCUACGGCCAAACUUUGUCAAGACGAUCCUUAACAUAGGCAGCUCCAACCUCUACAUCACUGACGACGAGCGAGCGUCUAUGCGUCAAGCGGCUUUCGUUGUCGAUGACGGCUUCAGCGGAGCGGUGGACGAAGUUUUACGGCCACUGGAGCGUCCUCCGGCCUUCGGAAGCCUACGAACAGUCAGGGUUGCGUUAGCAUACCUCAAUAGAGAACUGGACGAGGAUUUGGAGUCCAAAGUUCUGGACGAUUUCUGGGAAGAAGCGAACUGCAGCUUAGUCACUGCCUUGUGCGAUUUGUUUGUACCCACCGUCGAUGAGAUCCGCAGCCACUUCUCCCUCCAUCAGCCUCCACCACAAAGACCGCAGGAUGUUAUGGCUCAACUAUUCUCUACUGCCGACGACAUCCUGCAGCUGCUACUCCGUCUCCUCCCUUCCCAUUCCCUUCCGUCCCGUGCAUUACGGACGGUAACUAUCAACAUCGCUGACUUGUUCUCCUGUGCCGACGCAGCAGACAUGUUAUACUCUCCCUCUAGCGAACCUUCUGCUGCUGCCCAAGCGGCGAGGCAAUCUUGCAUGGAUUUAGCUCAAACACUCGUUCUGCAGGACGCUGCUGCAGCCGGCGGUAAGCCCGGAGCGCAGGUCGUCCUACGCACCCUCUUACAACACGGUCUCAAUAGCGACGGCUUGGACCCCACCCAUCAUCUUCUGCAAGUCUUCUGCCUCCUCGACCACGUCAUGCCAUCCCAGGAUAGUCCCGAGGAACAGCGCAAGCUCUGGAUCCAGCGCGUCAUCCCCAUGAUGUUGCAAGAUCUCCGGGCAUUUUGCCGUGCGUUGGACACGGAGAACAAGGUGCAUUUCGUACGCCGCCUUGUUGAACUCGACCAAGGCACGAUCGGUGUUGGGGAGUGGUUACUAGUGGAGGAGAUCAAGGAUGUGUCACGGGCGAUUCAGUCACUCCUCGAUGACUCGCUCUCCACCUCCCAGCGGUUGAUCGCACAAGCGCAGGUCGCUCUGUUCUUCCGGUUCUUCGGCGACGUACUCCGAGGAUCUCACGCAAGCUGGGUUCUCGAUAGUCUUGCGGCAUCGGAAGAGGCGCCUCAUUUCUUCGCGUCAUCGUUCCUGACAUUGUUUGACCUCAACUUGACCCCGCCAUAUCUCGGAGAGAUCGCGGAUGGCAUCGCGUCCGGAUUCGAGGCUUUCGACAACGAGAUGCGCUUCGCGCUGGUUGUCGCCCUCUGGCGAUCGUUGCAAGCUUCGGAGCUCACUGUCAGCCGUCUGGAAGAACGCUUGCAGCGUUCAAUCAAGAUCCUCGAGACCAUCACUCCUCCCUACCUCGACCCAUCGAAGCUGACUGCUGAGAUCGGACGCCUGAUUCUGGACCUCACGGAACAUCCUGUUCCCGUCGAAGGAGACUCAGCUCAUUUCCUUGUCUCCCUCCUGGAGUGGACCACAAGGACAGCUUCUACGAUUUCUCGUAUAGGCGAGCUGCAUGCCCUCUCCUUCGACCAGUUCACCAAGUUCCAGGAGCGUCUAAAGGCCACGCUAUCCGCAGACUGGGUCGAACGUUUAGACGCGGCGUCGAACGUACUCGUCUUCGGAAGCGGUGACAAUAUGCCCUCGCCACCCAUAGAUUUGUCGGAGAGCGUUGAGUUAUCUGUGCAUGACCUUGAGGACAUCCUACGCCAACAUACCCCUGCUCCCUCUACCCCUCCGCGCCGUGUACUGAAUCAAGACGUAUUCGGUCUUGUAACGGUUUCCCCGCCCACUAUGUUACGCUCUCCGGCAGUGACCGGGCUGACGAAAACCUACCAAAACAACGACUUCAGGCAGCUGCGCCAAUCUUCCGCGCGCGCGAACACAAGCAGGCUCCCGAGCAUGCAUGUGGACGUAGGUGUAGCGAUGGUCGCCUGA